CGGCACCGCGUUCGUGCCAAGCCAAGACUAGAAGGGCACGGGCGGAGCGCGCUCUGGGGGCGCCGGAGUUCCAGGCCCCGCGCGCCCGCCGGGCCGUGAAGAUGAUCUUGGUGCGCAGGUUCCGCGUGCUCAUCCUGAUGGCGUUCCUGGUGGCCUGCGCGCUGCACAUCGUGCUGGAUCUGCUGCCCAAGCUGGAGCGGAGCGGAGCGCAGCCCUCGGGGGAACCCGGCUGCUCCUGCGCGCAGCCCGCGGCCGAGGCGGCGGCACCCGGCUGGGCCCAGGCGCGCGGACGCCCGGGGGAGCCCCCGGCAGCAGCCUCCGCCGCCGGCGACGCGGGCUGGCCCAACAAGCACACACUGCGCAUCCUGCAGGACUUCAGCUCCGACCCUUCCUCCAACCUCACGUCUCACUCGCUUGAGAAACUGCCACCCGCUGCCGAACCGGUCGAGGGCGCCUUGCCGGGGCAGGAUCCCGGCGUCCUGCGACCCUUAGACCCCGGUCACCGGCCGCUGCUCAGAGACCCCGGUCCGCGUGGACCUGUGCCGCCCCCCGGCCCGAGCGGGGACGGCUCCCUCCUGGCCAGGCUGUUCCAGCACCCACUGUACCAGGUAGCCAUUCCGCCGCUAACGGAGGACGAUGUCCUCUUCAACGUGAACAGUGACAUCAGGUUCAACCCCAAGGCGGCGGCAGCGGAGAACCCAGACUGGCCACACGAAGGUCCUGAGGAUGAAUUCCUACCCACAGGGGACACGGCCGUGGACUCCUAUCCCAACUGGCUCAAAUUCCACAUCGGCAUCAACCGCUAUGAGUUGUACUCUCGACACAACCCAGCGGUGGAGGCCCUGCUGCGUGACCUUGGCGCCCAGAAGAUCACCAGUGUUGCCAUGAAGUCGGGGGGCACACAACUCAAGCUCAUCAUGACCUUCCAGAACUACGGGCAAGCACUGUUCAAACCCAUGAAGCAAACGAGGGAGCAGGAGACACCCCCUGACUUCUUCUAUUUCUCCGAUUACGAGAGGCACAACGCAGAGAUCGCUGCCUUCCACCUGGACAGGAUCCUGGACUUCCGCCGGGUCCCUCCCGUGGCCGGCAGGAUGGUCAACAUGACCCGGGAGAUCCGGGACGUCACGCGGGACAAGAGGCUGUGGAGGACUUUCUUCACUUCCCCAGCCAACAACAUCUGCUUCUACGGGGAGUGCUCUUACUACUGCUCCACGGAGCACGCCCUGUGCGGGCGGCCAGACCAGAUCGAGGGCUCGCUGGCCGCCUUUCUGCCUGACCUGGCCCUGGCCAAGAGGAAGACCUGGCGGAACCCCUGGCGACGCUCAUACCACAAGCGCAAGAAGGCAGAGUGGGAGGUUGACCCUGACUACUGCGAGGAGGUGAAGCAGACGCCCCCCUACGACAGCAGCCACCGCAUCCUGGACAUCAUGGACAUGACCAUCUUUGACUUCCUCAUGGGAAACAUGGACCGCCAUCACUACGAGACCUUCGAGAAGUUUGGGAACAAAACGUUUAUCAUCCACUUAGACAAUGGGAGAGGGUUUGGAAAAUACUCCCACGAUGAGCUUUCCAUCCUGGUGCCUUUACAGCAGUGCUGCAGGAUCAGGAGGUCCACGUACCUGCGGCUGCAGCUCCUGGCUAAGGAAGAGUACAAGCUGAGUCUGCUGAUGGCCGAGUCCCUGCGCAGGGACCGCGUGGCCCCUGUCCUGUACCGGCCGCACCUGGAGGCUCUGGACCGGCGGCUGCGCAUCGUGCUGCAGGUGGUCAGGGACUGCGUGGGGAAGAACGGGCUGCCCGGCGUCGUGGAGGACGACCUCAGCCCCGAGCACAGGGCCUCUGCCAGGAGGUAGUGACCGCGAGCCGCGGCCAGGCCAGCUGCCGGGG